AUGGAAUAUGGAGAUAUUUUGAAUAAUGAGGCAAAGAUGAAAGAAAGUAGGGAUAAAGCUUAUGAUUUCCAGCGCGACCCCUUCCGAACUCGAAAUUCUCGUCCCGAAGCCAAGUUCGAUUUGAGUGGCAAUGAAACUCUCGUUUCUUAUCGGAAGAAUAAGAAGUCCCUCCUGCACAGAUUUCUUGAGAAGCGAGGCUUGUUAUCUCCCGACCCGUAUCUUAGAAUGCACCAGAAGAUGCGCUACGAAAGAUUCAUGAAGAUCGGCGCCUUCGUCGGAAUCACCUCAAUGUAUCUCAUCACUUCAGUCGUUCAACAACAACGCGAAGAUGGAUCGAAACCGCCACUGAUGGAGCGUGUUCGUUGGAUGAUCAAAGAUACUCUCGACGCUCCCGGAUAA